CCUUGCUUCCAUGCCAGUGAAUAGAACUCUUGAUAGAACUCCGGUCUGAGAAUUAAACUGAGAAUUGGGUUUUUAAAAUUAAACUUUCAUUUGACGCUUUUGUUGUGCCCACCAAGCUUUUACCUUUUGUCACAAUGAAUUCGGACGUGGAGGACUUAAUGCCGAGGCUUCUGCCUGUGGAGUUUGAAUCCAACACAGUGCAGCUGGACCUGAAUGGACCACCGAGGAACCCACAGGAAUAUCUGCGACAAGUCCAGUUGGAAGCAUCAUUAUGUCCAGAGGUGGUAGUUGCUCAGAUCGACCCCAAGAAACUCAAGAAACAAACAGUCCAUGUAUCAGUGCCAGGCUGCCGUGCUGCUCCCACAGGUCUCUGCCCCAGUCUGAGUUGGCAGCAGCAACAAGUCGGUAACUUCUCAGAGCUCAGACAGAGAAUCACAAAGAACAGAAUUCACUGGAGUAGCCAGACUCUGGAUGACAACGUGCAAAUGCCAAAGCUGACAGAUGAGGUGGGCUGGAAGCGGUUUUGUUUAGGGGAGAAGGUCUAUAUGGACACAUCUUCCUGUGACACAGAAGUGGAAGCAAAGCCUGGACUGGACUAUAGCAAGGUGGGCUUUCCUCCCUUCCUCACUAUCGUUAGCAGACUCAACCAGACGACAGUGUUGAUGGUGUUGGAAAUCCUCAUUGGUUGGUUUGAGGAGAGAGAAUUUGUUCCACAGCUGGGUUGCUGGUUGUACGCUUUAUUGGCCUGCCUGGAGAAGCCUCUACUGCCUGAAGCCCACUCCUGCAUCAGACAGCUGGCCAGGAGAUGUGCUCAGCUCCGCAGCACGUUGGAGAGUCAGGAGGACGAGAAACUGCCUGCCCUCAACCUGCUCAUCUGUCUUGUUGCCAGAUACUUUGAGCAGAAUGAUUUGGCAGAUCAACCCGAGUGAAUGUUUUAACUGUAACUGAUGAACCAGAUGUUACAAUCAGGAAGCUCUGACUGAUGCAGCAUGAAGGAAGCAGACUCAGCAGUCGCAUACAAGAUCCAACACAGAGGUGACAUCCAAGAAAAACUCAACAGUGUAAACAAAGACUUUCAUGUUUGAUUGUGGCUGCCCUGUACAGGUUGGGAUGAAAGCACAAAAUGCAGUCAGAGUGCCUUGAUCAUAAAUCACAUCUUAUUUUAGUUAUUGGGGUUUUUUUUUUAAUUCAAUGUGGUUAUUUCUGCUGGCACAACUGAAGCAGCCAAACAUGCUGGACCACUAUUUUCAUCUACCAAAAGACAUUCUUGGUUAAUCCUGAGCUAAACAAAAGGUAAUUGAAUGUAAAGAAAAAGUUUUGUCUAAUGAACUGAUUUGUAUAUAUGCUGUUGAUGUUGGUCAAAGUGUUUUAAAGCUCUCACAAAUAAAGCUGCAAAAAUGA